ACCUGUGUUACCAUACCUCCUGCUGCAGUCAGGAUUCUGCACUCAGCUAGAACUAUCAGCUUUAUUUCCAAGAUGACUGGGAUUGUCAAAAAAGUAAUCCGAUAUCGCAAUAAGGCGGAAGGUAUUGGAACAAACUCCAGAGCAGUGAAGUAUUUAAAACAAGAUUACGAGGAGCUGAAGAGGAGCUGUCUGGACAGAGGGAGGCUUUUUGAAGAUGAGUUAUUUGACGCUGAACCCUCUUCUCUGGGAUUCAAGGAACUUGGACCAUAUUCAGCUAAAACUAGUGGCGUUACCUGGAUGAGACCGAAGGACUUGCAUCAAAGACCAAAAUUCAUUGUUGAAGAUGCGACCAGGACUGACAUCUGCCAAGGAGCCCUGGGUGACUGCUGGCUCCUGGCAGCCAUUGCCUCUCUGACUCUGAACAAAGAAGUUCUUCACAGAGUCGUCCCACACGACCAGUCCUUUGACGAUGAGUACGCUGGCAUCUUUCGUUUUCAGUUCUGGCAGUUCGGUCAGUGGGUGGAAGUGUUGGUGGACGAUCGUUUACCCACAAAAAAUGGCGAGCUGCUGUUUGUUCACUCUGAAGAGGGCUGUGAGUUUUGGAGCGCACUGCUGGAAAAGGCCUAUGCCAAGUUGAAUGGAUGCUAUGAGGCCCUCUCUGGAGGUAGCACAACUGAAGGUUUUGAGGACUUCACUGGAGGCAUCGCUGAAAAUCAUGACCUGAACCAACCCGACCCACACCUGUUCAAAAUCAUCAGGAAGGCGCUGGACAGAGGCUCCCUUCUUGGGUGCUCCAUUGAUAUUACAAGCAUGAAUGACCAGGAAGCUGUUACAUCUCUCAAACUGGUGAAAGGCCAUGCAUAUUCAGUUACAGGAGCAGAUGAGGUGGAGUACAGAGGCAACACUGUGGAGCUUAUCCGCAUCAGAAACCCAUGGGGGCAAGUCGAGUGGAACGGAGCCUGGAGUGACUCAUCUUAUGAAUGGAGAUCUGUGAGUGAUCAUGACAGACAGAGACUGACUAAUCGGAAAGAAGAUGGAGAAUUCUGGAUGUCAUUUUCAGACUUUCUGCGCCAGUACUCCCGUUUGGAGAUCUGUAACCUCACUCCAGACGCUUUGACCAGUGACGACUACAAGAAGUGGGCAGAGAACAACUUUGAGGAAACCUGGAGGAGAGGCGUGUCCGCGGGUGGUUGCAGGAACUACCCAAACACUUUCUGGAUGAACCCUCAGUUUGUCAUAAAGCUGGAAGACGUGGACGAUGACCCUUACGAUGGCGAGGACAAGUGCACUUUCAUCGUGGGCCUGAUGCAGAAAAACAGGAGGAAAAUGAGGAAAAUGGGUGAAGACCUGGAGACAAUCGGAUUUGCCAUCUACGAACUUCCAAAAGAGUUUUCAGGUCAAACUCAAGUUCAUUUGAAGAAAGACUUUUUCUUGUACAAUGCUUCAGCGGCCCGUUCUGAAACCUUCAUAAACCUGAGAGAGCUAUCCAACCGGAUCAGCCUGCCCCCGGGCGAGUACCUCAUUGUGCCGUCCACCUUUGAACCCAACAAGAACGCAGACUUCUAUCUUCGUGUGUUCUCUGAGAAGCCAGCAGAUUUCCAAGAAAUUGAUGAUCCGGUAGACUGUCAGAUUGAGCCAAUUGACAUUGAUGAAGAUGAUAUCUCAGAGCAAUUUCAGAGUCUGUUUCAAAGACUUGCCGGAAAUGAUUUUGAAAUCAGUGUUUAUGAACUGCAGAAGAUCCUCAACACUGUCAUAUCUAAAAAGAAGCAACAGAAUAGGAUCGAAUUUGAAGGCUUCUGUCUGUCAACUUGUCACCAAAUGAUCAACCUACUGGACAAAGAUGGGAGUGGUAAAUUGGGAAUGGUCGAAUUCAAGAUCUUGUGGACAAAAAUAGAGAAGUACCUGGUCUUGUUCAAGGAGAGAGACACAGACGACAGUGGAUGCAUGAGCAGUUCUGAGAUGAGACUGGCUGUGGAGAAAGCCGGUUUCCGUCUGAACAAUGCUUUGCACCAGGUCAUUGUGGCCCGCUACAGUGAACCCAACCUCACCAUCGACUUUGAUAACUUCGUCAGCUGUCUCAUCCGCAUGGAGUCUCUUUUCAACACAUUCAAGACUCUGGAUAAAGACGAAGAUGGAACAAUCGAAUUAAAUAUGAUACAAUGGUUGAGCCUGACCAUCCUUUAGAGAGGACCCACACCUCAAUGUGCCAGUUUUACUUCAGCAACAACUUAUUUUUUAUUUUUUGUUUUUGUUUUGGUGUGCUUUAACUUGAAAAUAAUUUUCCUAGG